AUGCUCCGUGUGCAGCGCUGUAUACGUGCGUCUCCCGUCCGCUUGCGGCGUCUUCAGCAUUCAGCAAUCACUGCAUCUGCUCCCAUGUCGUUUUCUGCUUCCUCUGUCCAUCCAGCGAUUGUCAAAUCGUCCUCUGGAAGCGACAAUAGCGGAGAAGAGCCACCCAAGUACAAGCCUGGCUGGUUCAGUCGUAACCCGGGCGUGACUCUGGGCGGAAUCCUCUUGGGCAUCGGCUUUUACAUCUACAGGGGCUCAAGAGGGAAAAGGAACUUUGAAGCGGUGCAGAAUCCGAUCGUAGAGGCGGCUGUUAUCUCGCCCUACGAAGCCUGGGAACUUCGCAGCAGCAACAGUAUCACGCCCGAGGUAUUUGAGGACGUGAGAGACGGAGUGACACGAGUGUUCCCAGCGGGCAAGGCCACGAUGCAGCACUUUGAUCAGUAUCUGGGCUUUAAGCUAGCCCCAGUGUGUCCGACAGGAGUGAGCAAGGCACAUCAUCUAGAGCGAGUCUUGCUGAGUCUAAAGACAGACGCAGACCGCAAGAGUGAUGUUGAUGCGCAGCUAGUGGCCUUCUCAAUGGCUGUCAAAGGAGCAGUGGACGAGCGAUUGCGGAUUCUGUUCAACCUGGCGACAGAUGCUCCGAUGUGCGAAGCGCUCAAGACAGAGGAAGAGGACAGCGAGACGGAGGAAGAGGACAGCAAGACGGAGGAGGGGACGGAUGGGCGUGAGAUGUCUCAGGAGCAGUUGGAACGACUGCUUCAGUUGUUGCUCGAAACGCACCAGAUCCCAUCCGAGAAGCGCGUGCUGGCCGUGGAGGAAGCUAAGUACCCUUUCCAAGAGUACAUGGCAGCGACGCCAAGCGAUCUGCUCAAGGCUGCGGUCCAGGCUGAAGUGCGAGACAAGAAGAUCACUGAGGAGCAAGCGCGAGGACGUCAGACGUACACGUUCGAGGCGUUUUCGCACCUCAUGCGCGGCAAGACUGUGUGUCUAUGGGGCGAGUGCUUUGCCAACAGCAAGAAGAAAAUGAAGAACUAA